AUGGCCGCCGCUGUCUUCAUCGUUUCUGGCGCUGGUGGAGUUGGUGCCUCCGUGAACGGAGUCUACAGUUGCGUCGGCACAUUGAACGGCAAAUCAAAGUAUCAGCUGCAGGAUGGACGGGCCAUUCUCUACUACCACGAUUUCUGGAAGAUCAAUUAUCGCGAUGACGAAUCUGGCUGGUACUAUUCGCAUCCGGAUGAGAAGUCGGAGUCGCCCCCUUUGGGCGAAUGGACCACCGAAGGCUAUUUCUUGGGAAAUGCCGAGCCCGCGCCAACAGUGGCUGUGGAGCUGAUGACGCAGGAACUUUGGGUGUCCGGCGCCGGCGGUGUGGGCUGCACGGUUAACGGCCUCUACACCCUCACCGAGUCCUUGAACGGACGACCAAAGUACCAGCAGGUGAAUGGCAGAGCCAUCAUGUAUUUCAACGAGCAUUGGAAGCUCAACUACCGCGAUGAUGUGUCCGGCUGGUACUAUCAGCAUCCAGAUGCAUCAUCUGAGACCCCGCCCAAUGGCUAUUGGACGACGGAAGGGUAUUUCUUUGAUGAUGCUGACCCGCCACCGGUCGUGGCUUGCACCACGUUCGAGGAUGCGAGUCAGCAAGACACUGUGCUCAGAUGCGCACGUCUCUCAGUGCGUGUGCGCCGUGGACCCGAUUGGUGCUGGAACCAGCAGGACGGCGGUGCAGGCCACUUUGGAGUGACAAUCGAGCGGUUGAGUGCAACCCCUGGCUGGGUCGGAGUACUUUGGGACACAGGCGAUGAAAACAACUACCGUGUCGGUCACGACGACAGCUACGACUUGGUCUUGGUCACGUCCUUCCGGGUGGCCGGGGCUGGAGGCGUAGGGGAGUUCAUGAAUGGGGACUACGUGCAGUUUGACACCUUCAACGACCGACCCCGAUACCGCUUGCAUGGUGGCGAUGCCAUCUUGUUCUUCGAGGACAACUGGAAGCUGGGCUCUCGACACGAAGUCGGCUGGUACUACUGGCAUCCCAACGCCGCCUCCAAGACACCCCCGACCGGCCCAUGGUCGAUGGCCUCCUUCUUCUCGAACCCCGAGAACGACAUGAGCCCGGCGCCCUCGGUGUCUGAGAUCCACGAGGUCAUCGAGGCCAGCGGCGGCGAAGUCCGGCAAGGCAAGAGCAGUGACACCAUCGACAAUAUGCUGUGCGGCCACGACGAAGAGUGGGAGAAUCCAGAGGAAGCGCAGAAGUCGAAGUGCUCAGUUUGCCUGUGCGUCGCACGCGAUGCCCUGUCCCAUGGGUGUGGAGAGUUAUUCUGCGAAGCAUGCUGGAUGAGAUGCCAGGCCGAGGACGAGAAGUGCCCUGUGUGCCGCCAAGACGGCAGCGCGAACGUGGCCCCGGCCUAUGCGAAUCGCCGAGCCAUACUGAACCUCAUGAUGCUCUGCCCCAACAAGUGUGGCCAGUCGUUCAGCUUGCGCGAAAAGGACAGCCACCUCAGCGAAUGUGCGCCACGAACUGCUCAGCAGCAUGCGCCGGUGAUUUGCGAGCUCUGCGGAGACAUGGUGCCUGCAGACGGCCUGGCGCGUCACAUGGAAUCAAACCCUGGCAAGCACAUGGCGGCACUCCUCAUGGAGGUGGGUCGGCUUCGAAGUGAGGUCGUUGAGCUGAAGUCGCGCUUAGCGCAGCAUGCCGGCGCGUAG